UAAAUCCCAUUCUUUUUUCACCAACUCAAUCCCGUCAGAAAUCCCAUUUUCCUCUCCGAUUCUUCUUCUUCUUCCCGCCAUUUAAUGGAGUCUCUGUUAUCUUCAUUUCAGAAGUUCACGUCUGUUCAGAGGAACCGAGUGGUAUUUCCUAAAGCUCUAAUUUCAUCAUCCUAUGCACCCGUAUCGACUCAACAGCAAAAUCCCUCUACUUCUACUUCUUCAUCGUCGAAUUCCAAACCGAAACGAACAGCAAAAACAGUGAAACCAGUAACAGUGACACCAAAUGCAGAACCUAAAAAGAAGGUUUUGAUACCAAUUGGAUAUGGUACUGAAGAAAUGGAAGCAGUGAUAAUGGUUAAUGUUCUGCGGAGAGCUGGUGCAGAAGUAAUCAUAGCAUCAGUAGAAUCUGAGCUUGAGAUUGAAGCUUCAGCUGGAACUAGACUUGUUGCAGAUACCUCAAUCUCUACUUGUUCUAAUCAAAUCUUUGAUCUUAUUGCUCUACCUGGUGGAAUGCCCGGGUCUGCUCGAUUACGAGAUUGUGAAAUUCUUCGAAAGAUGACAAGUAAACAAGCCGAAGAGAAACGGUUUUAUGGUGCUAUUUGUGCUGCUCCUGCUGUUACUCUUAAUCCAUGGGGUCUCUUGAAAAGAAAACAGACAACCGGGCAUCCAGCUUUCAUGCACGAGCUUCCAACUUUCUGGGCUGUUAAAUCAAACAUUCAAAUCUCGGGGGAGCUCACAACAAGCCGGGGUCCUGGUACCACAUUCGAGUUUGCUCUAUCUUUGGUUGCUCAGUUGUUUGGGGAGUCUGUUGCUGCUGAGAUUGGCACAGCAUUGUUAAUGCGCACUGAUGCUAAUCAGCUCAGGGGAGAGGAAUUCAACAAAGUCGAGUGGUCUGUUGACCAUAUCCCUCGUGUUCUUAUUCCAAUAGCAAAUGGAUCCGAAGAAAUUGAAGUGGUAACGUUGAUUGAUGUUCUCCGGCGAGCUAAUGUCGAAGUCAUAGUUGCUUCAGUGGAAAAGUCAGUGCAGAUAGUGGCAUCCCAAGGAACAAAUAUCGUUGCCGACAAGUCUAUUAGAGAGGCAUCUGAAUCAAUUUACGAUCUCAUUGUUCUUCCAGGAGGGGCUGCUGGGGCUGAUCGGCUACAGAAAAGCAAGGUUCUCAAGAAGAUGCUCAAGGAACAAAAAUCCGCUGGAAGAAUAUUUGGGGCAAUUUGCUCAUCUCCACUAGUUCUGCAGAAGCAAGGAUUAAUCGAAGAAAAAAGAGUCACGGCUCAUCCCUCCAUCAUUAACCAGCUAACUAGUCAAGUUAAUGGUACCGGAGUCACUAUUGAUGGUACAUUAAUAACAAGCAAGGGACUGGCAACUGUAGCAGAUUUUGCCUUGGCUAUAGUGAAGAAAUUCCAUGGCCAUGCAAGAGCAAGAAGUGUGGCCGAAGGCCUCGUCAUUGAGUACCCGAGAAGCUAGGAAGCCCCAGUUAACUACGGAAAAUGUAAUAGAUGGGAAGAUUUUCAUGGCCAAGCCUUUGAAUAUUAUAUGCCCACUGCCCUAUUUAUCUCUCAAAGGAAGAAUAUACUUGCUGGGGUCAGGCUGCUUUGAGUUUCCAUGACAUCAUGAGAGGUGUGAAUGCAAUUCUCUUUCCCUUCUAGUAAAACUUUUUACCAGUGAUGAAAAAAGAAUUUUGAGGUUGCAAUUCACCAUUCUUCUGGGUUUUAGUGAAACCUUUGAAACUAUUCUUUGAACCUUGUAGAUGACUACAGAACAACUUGUUUGUUUCCUGUGUUUCAGUGUCGGAUGUUGGUACAGCUGGUUGGCUGGUGUGAGGUUGAAAGUUUUGUAUGCACAUAAUAUACAUCAAUUUAUACCUAUUUCGUUACCGAAAUAAAUGAAAUUUCAUGUGGAAUAUUUGUCUGCUA